UCGUGUACGCAAAUACAUAAUAAACACUAUUCUCGAGCAAUUAAAGCCAACCAACCAUGGACUUAAUUUCAGUUAAUAGUGAUAGUACAUCGGUCAAAGAUACUUUAGACAAAUUCCAACUUUGGUCGUUCGUUCGUGCGUGCAUCUGUGUUGUUUGGUCUUCGGAAUUUCCGAACACAUAUAAACAUGGCGGAUUCAAAGGUAGAGACGAUUGCCAGAUUAGCCCAAUGGAAAAUCGACAACUUCGGACCCUGUUCCUACAAAAAAUCCGAACCUUUCAGGCUUGGAAUCUGGAACUGGUAUUUGUCCAUAGAGAGAAACAGGUACCUCUACAUACACCUUUUUCCAGAACCGUCGCGGGUUUCUAAGGAACAGCCACCUGUUGCUCGCUUCAUUCUCCGAGUGUCUAGUGCUGGCUCUCCUCGCAAAUUUUACAUUUCUCCUGUUUAUGAAAAGGUGCUUAGGACAUGCGAUGACUUUGUCUGGCCUGUGGAUACUGCAUUCCUUGGACGCUUCAUUAUUGAUGUCGAAUUUCUUGACCUGAAAACAUGCCCUCUGAAUGGUAGAGAAGCCUGUUCUAUAUGGCCAUCUGAUGGAAAACUGCAAUCAGUGGCAGCUCAAAGCACUCUUCGAUGCCUCUCUCGCAUGCUUGAUGAUGCUAUACAUGCUGAUCUCACCAUUAUCACUGCACAUGACACACUGAGAGCACAUAAGGCAGUUUUGUCUGCAAGUUCUCCUAUCUUCCAGGGCUUGUUUCAUCUCAACGGGGAGGCAAAAGAGUCAUCGACAAUCCACAUAGAAGACAUGUCACAAGAAUCCUGCAUGGCCUUCCUGAGUUACUUGUACGGCACAAUAAAACAAGAAGAUUUCUGGAAGCACAGGCUUGCAUUGCUUAGAGCAGCCAAUAAAUAUGAAAUUGGUGAUCUCAAAGAAGCCUGUGAGGAUAGCCUACUGGAAGAUCUUAAUUCAGGGAAUGUUCUGGAGAGGCUUAAUGAGGCUUGGCUUUACCAGUUGAACAAGUUAAAAAAAGGAUGCUUCACGUUCUUAUUUGAUUUUGGUAAGAUAUAUGAUGUUAGAGAUGAGAUAAAUACGUUUUUCCGUCAUGCAGAUAGGGAGCUAAUGCUGGAGAUGUUUCAGGAGGUGCUUACAAUUUGGAAAUAGGUUAACCCUGGAACUCUUCUUGGUACCCUUGUAUCUUACAAAUGAUGGAUCCUUGUGGUUAAAAUGUUUUUACAUUUUACUACUAUAUUAUAUUAUUCUGUAUAUAAUACCAAUCUGAGCUCUUCAACAACCUAGUGGUUAAAAUGUCAAAUGAG